AUGGCAAUUGAUUCAGAUGAAGUGAAGGCGCAAAAAUUGAAGAUGUUGGUCAAGACGACCGCUAUAGAGCUUGAGGAUUUGAAUACUGAAAAACUUAACUGGUUCAAAUAUGUAAUAGAAAUAUCAAAGGGUAAUGAUAACGUAUCGACGGAUACAAAGCGGAAGACUACAAAGCUCAAAUUAGCCGAAGGAAUUGCAUCUGGUCUAAUAUUUUUCCACAAUGCAGAAGAAAUUUUAUACAAUGAUUUAUCGAGAUAUACAGAGUACGCAAUAUGCGCAAGGCAACUUAAAAUAUCCGGAGCGCACAAACCGCAUGACGAAGCUUUCCGUGAUAUUAUAUCUACUGCACCAUCACCUUUAUUAUCAGUAAUAGGUCCACUUGACGACGAAGAUGAAAAAGCCUUUCCUAAUGCUUUGCUUCAGUUCGACAAUAGACAUAAUUUUAGUACUGAGAACAAUGAAUUACCGAGUUGGAGAGAAAAGUAA